AUGGAGUACUACGGACGGGAGAACCGCUGGGUGAACCAAAAUGAAACAGCAAGCAGAGUACAGAGAAGCAAAGAGGACAAUUACGUUUUCAUCGAUGAGAAAUAUAAACCUUAUUUUGACAGCAUAAGUGACCUAUUUGAAGACAAGGUGGAGUAUAUACUAAGGAAACAUUUUAAGAAGAACGAGCCGACGAAUAAAAACAAAUUGCUCUGCUUAAACGUUUGUGUGUUGUGGCAGAAGAGGUUUUUGGUUCUGCUGAGUAGAAGCCUGAAUGAGUUCGAGGCGUAUAGGAAGAGGCACGAGUCGAAAGAUGACGAGAAGGGGCGGAACGUAGCUGAGGGGAAUGGAAAAAAACAGGAAAGCGGCGAAGAGUCGGGGAAGGGCGAAAACAAACCCGGUGAGGACAAAAAUCAAACAGAUGGAAAGAAGCAAUACACACAGGAGUUAAAGAGUUUCAUUAAGAACGUAAAAAUAGUUGAUCAUCAAAGCAUCGAAGUUGUAUAUGAUACGAACGAACUGAGUGACGAUAGUAGACCCUGCGCUGAACUGACGACGGACGAAAUUUAUUACCUCCUGGUGGAGUCCAAAAAAAGCGAAAACGAUUUAAAGAAGAAUAUAUUCACAUUUUUGAAGUACCUUCCUCUAUUUAUCAAGUGUAUAGAAAAUAAAAGUUUAAUCGAAAAAUCCAUCUUAGAAUCCAAGCUUCUUUUAAAUGAUGUCCCCGGGAGUAACCCUAAUGAGGAAGAGGUGCUGCCCCACUCGGAUGAAGUGCAUGUGAAUGUGAACCCCUCGCAGGAAAAUCUGUCCCCCAUGGAAAUACAAAACAAGUUAGACGAAAUUGUACAUUUUGAAUGUAACUUGUCUGAAAAUUUGGAAUCCAUUUUUAAGGCCGGAGUAGGAGUCCUAGAUAUGACGAAGGGGAGGAAAUUCUGCACCGGGGGGGUGGACACGGACAUGCACAGAGAGACAGACAUGAAUGGAGACCUCUUGGAUGGUACCUGCGGGGGGAAUGACGCGGCUAGGAAGACCGUCAACAAGAUGCAAAACCAACAGGAACAGGGUGACCAGACAAAGGACGAGUACUUUCAACACCAUACCACCUUUAACAAUUUGGCCGAUGUAUCAAAAAAUUUCUUCAGCAAAAAAAAUAACAGCUCUCUUAUUCUCCCUCUAUCCAAGAUUAACGACUUGUCUCUCAUAAAUAACAUCAGCACUAGGUCAAACAAUGACACGAAGGAAGAGCUCUCCGAAAGUGAAGCCGCCUUCUAUAUAUACAAAAACAACAUGGAGAAACUUAACCUCUACGGGAUGGACCUACUCAUAAACUUAAACAAUAAAUUGACUUACAAGAUUAAUCACAUUUAUAGUCUCAUUCAGUUUUACUCCAUGCUGGCAAAGGAUGUUUUCAACGAGGGGUAG